AUGUAUAAACUAGAAAAACUUUCUGCAUUCUGGGUUUUGGCAAUUGCAAUGCUGAGAUACUCUAGCUCCAUAGAAGCAUCAUAUAUUUCAGAGAGAAGGAUGGAUCUAAUGGAGAGCAGAAUAGGAGAUCCAAAAUUGUUUGUAUUUAACACAACAGGAUAUUUGUACAACAUAGGAUUGAGGCAGUAUAUGGGGGCAGAUGACUAUAUUGACACCACAGGAUUUGUGUCCCUCCGAAUGUUUACAGACCCGAAAAAAGCCAUUUCAUUUAGUCUAAACAAGGUGCACGCCAAAAAAGAUGGAAGAGUAAUAACCAGGCUUACUACAUCAGACAAAAAACUCCCCAGCACAAAGAAUGGAAUAAAGAAGUUUUUUGUACAGCACAGCACAUCAAAUGGUUACUAUGCAAAUCUAACCCCGGAAGACAAUGCUGAAGCUUCUGAGCAGGGAAUAGCUAUAGAAGUGGUUAUGGCGGUAAGGUAUCUUGCUAUGCAGAUACAGCUGGAGAAAAACAAGUGCAUGAGUGGGUCAAAGGAUACUAGUGUAAUUGCACAUGAAUGCGAGAAAUUUUAUAAAGAAAACAAGGACUACAAAAAGGAUCUCUGGCUAUGGAUCCCAGAAAAUGACUUUAAAGGCCCACUAUCUGUAACAAAUGGGUAA